UCAUAACCUAUAAUAUGGUCAUAACCUUCAAAUACUAGUACUGAUAUUAGGUAAUAAAAAUUUUGUAGAAGUGAUUGGAAAUAUAGAUGUCGUUGAAAAUAAACCGUACUUUUCUGAAAACACUUCGAGGAUUUAAUACUGCUUUUGGAAGAAAUGUAGCAAACGAACAACCUGCAUUCAAAACUGAAGAGUCCACAGAUGAAACACAUUUUGGCUUUCAAAAAGUUAAAGAGGGCGAAAAAGAACACAAAGUUCAUAAAGUUUUUGAAGAUGUAGCAAAGUCUUAUGAUUUAAUGAAUGAUGCCAUGUCUUUCGGCAUUCAUAGAAUUUGGAAAGACAUUUUUAUACACAGACUUAGUCCAACAGAAAAUACAAACUUAUUAGAUGUUGCUGGGGGGACAGGAGACAUUGCAUUUAGAUUCCUUAACUAUGCUCAAAAUAGUAAUUAUAAAAAUUGUACUGCAACUAUUUGCGAUAUAAAUAGCGCUAUGUUGGAGGAGGGAAAAAAACGAGCCAUUAAAUUAGGGUAUAGUCCUAACUCAUUAAGUUGGAUAGAAGGAAAUGCUGAAAAAUUACCCUUCAAUGAUGAGACAUUCACUGCCUACACAAUUGCUUUUUACGAGAAAUAA